UGGCAGUGUGAGUGUCUCUGAAUGUCCGUGGUGGAAACAGACCUAAACGCAGCGCUGCGCGUAAAAUCCGAAAAGAGGGGGGUGUGGAGGGAAAAAAAAAAGCUCUCCAAAAGGCGUCUCCUCCAGAAGAAGCGUCCUCUUCAUCCUCCUCUUCAGCCAUCCUUCUCUGGGGCUGUUUGGUUUUCUCCUGCACCAGCGCGCGUGAACGAGCGGGGAUAUCUUAAUUGGACAUGUGAGUUCCGUGGAGUUUUUUAUUGGAGUUGUUUUUUUUUAUUUUUGUUUUUUUUACGACAACACCUAAAAGAAAAGAUGAAGUUCCCGGCGUGCGUCCUCGUCACUCUGGCACUGAUCCGCUGGAGCGCAGCGCAGUCAGUUUGCCCUGGUACUGACAACAAGUUGAGCACCCUCUCAGAUCUGGACCAGCAGUACCGCACCCUGAGGAAGCUCUACGAGAACUGCGAAGUCGUCAUGGGCAAUUUGGAGAUUACAAGCAUCGAUCGGAACCGCAACCUGUCCUUCCUUAAGUCCAUCAGAGAGGUGACCGGCUACGUCCUGGUGGCGCUGAAUCAGUUCGAGUACCUGCCGCUGGAGAACCUGCGCAUCAUCCGAGGCACCACGCUGUACGAGGGCCGCUACGCGCUCGCCAUCUUCCUCAACUACAGGCGGGACGGCAACUACGGGCUGAAGCAGCUGGGCCUUCGCAGCCUCACAGAGAUUCUCAAUGGCGGUGUUUAUGUCGACCAGAACAAAUUCCUAUGUCACGCCGACACCAUACAUUGGCAGGACGUGAUCAAGAACCCCCAGGCAGAGCUUCUGGUGGUCCCAUCCAACAAUAGCAACAAUGGAUGCAGACGAUGCCAUCGUUCAUGUAACGGACGCUGCUGGGGCCAUCAGGAGGACCAAUGUCAAACCUUGACAAAAACGGUGUGUGCAGAGCAGUGUGACGGUCGAUGCUUCGGGCCUUACGUCAGCGACUGCUGCCAUCGCGAAUGUGCUGGUGGCUGCUUCGGUCCCAAGGACACGGACUGCUUUGCUUGCACCAAUUUCAACGACUCUGGCGCGUGCGUGACCCAGUGCCCUCAACCGUUUGUGUACAACCCUACAUCUUUCCAGCUCGAGCACAACCCCCGAGCCAAGUACACCUACGGAGCCUUCUGUGUCAGGGAAUGCCCCCACAACUUUGUGGUGGACCACAGCUCCUGUGUUAGGGCAUGUCCAAGCAACAAGAUGGAAGUGGAGGAGAACAGAAUCAAAAUGUGUAUCCCUUGUACUGAUAUCUGUCCUAAAGUGUGUGAUGGGAUUGGGACCGGCAGCCUGCAGACAGCUCAAACAGUGGACGCCAGCAACAUUGAUAAAUUUGUGAACUGCACAAAAAUCAACGGCAACCUCAUCUUUCUCAUCACUGGCAUUAAAGGCGACAUGUAUCAUGGCAUUGGACCUUUGGAUCCUGAGCGUCUCAACGUUUUUCGUACAGUGAAGGAGAUUACAGGAUUCCUUAACAUCCAGUCUUGGCCUGAAAACAUGACAGACCUGAGUGUUUUUUCCAACCUGGUAACAAUUGGAGGCAGAAGUCUCUACAGUGGAAGUGGUAUAUCUCUUCUGAUCCUGAAACAGCGCCGGAUCUCCUCUUUCCAGUUCCAGUCGUUGAAUGAGAUCAGCGCCGGUAACGUCUACAUCUUCAACAACAGCCGCUUGUGUUUUUACAACACCAUCAACUGGACGUCACUAUUCAGGACGCCAUCCCAGAAAGUCCUCAUCCGCAACAACAGAGAACCAAUGGAAUGUCUUCAGCAGCAGAUGAUAUGCGAUCGAAUGUGUUCGGAAGAUGGUUGCUGGGGGCCCGGACCCGACCAGUGUCUCUCCUGUCGGUAUUUCAAACGCGGACGCACCUGUGUUGAGUCCUGCAACCUCUUCAAUGGGGAAGUGCGAGAGUUUGCCAAUGGUUCUGUGUGCCUGGAGUGCGACAGUCAGUGUGAGAAAAUGGAUGGGAACAGCUUGACAUGUCUUGGACAGGGCCCAGACCAAUGCGUGAAAUGCCUCAAUUUCAAAGACGGGCCCAACUGCGUGGAGAAGUGCCCUGACGGGUUGCAGGGCGCCAACAGUUUCAUCUUCAAAUACGCCAAGGCCAACAACGAAUGCCAUCCCUGCCAUGUCAACUGCACCCAGGGGUGCAUCGGGCCAAGAAUUCAGGAUUGUGUUGGGAUGAUGGACAGGACUCCUCUUAUUGCAGCAGGAAUCAUUGGAGGAUUGUUUAUCAUUGUUAUUGUGGCACUCACUGUGGCGAUUUAUGCACGCCGCAAAAGCAUCAAGAAGAAGAGGGCAUUGCGACGCUUCCUGGAAACAGAGCUGGUGGAGCCCCUGACCCCAAGUGGAACCGCCCCCAACCAAGCUCAGCUGCGCAUCCUCAAAGAGACAGAGCUCAAGAGGGUCAAGAUUCUUGGUUCGGGAGCUUUUGGAACAGUCUACAAGGGCAUCUGGGUCCCCGAAGGUGAAACAGUGAAGAUCCCCGUUGCCAUUAAAAUCCUCAACGAGGCCACCGGCCCAAAAGCCAAUGUGGAGUUCAUGGACGAGGCCUUGAUCAUGGCCAGCGUGGAGCAUCCUCAUUUGGUGCGUCUGCUGGGCGUCUGCCUGAGCCCUACCAUCCAAUUGGUCACCCAGCUGAUGCCCCACGGCUGCCUCCUGGACUACGUGCACGAGCACAAGGAUAACAUCGGCUCACAGCUUCUGCUCAACUGGUGUGUCCAAAUAGCCAAGGGGAUGAUGUACCUGGAGGAGAGGAGAUUGGUCCACAGGGACCUGGCAGCUCGGAACGUGCUGGUGAAGUCCCCCAAUCACAUUAAGAUCACAGACUUUGGCCUGGCGCGCCUGCUGGACGCCGACGAGAAAGAGUACAACGCAGACGGCGGCAAGGUUGGUAUGCCUAUUAAGUGGAUGGCUCUAGAGUGCAUCCACUACAGGAAGUUCACCCAUCAGAGUGACGUCUGGAGCUACGGAGUGACCAUCUGGGAGCUGAUGACGUUCGGAGGCAAACCGUACGACGGCAUCCCCACAAGAGAAAUACCCGACAUCCUGGAGAAAGGGGAGCGCUUGCCCCAGCCGCCCAUAUGCACAAUCGACGUCUACAUGGUCAUGGUCAAAUGUUGGAUGAUUGAUGCAGACAGCAGACCGAAGUUCAAGGAGCUAGCUGCUGAGUUCUGCAGAAUGGCGCGUGACCCCCAGCGAUACCUGGUCAUCCAGGGAGAUGAUCGGAUGAAGCUUCCCAGUCCCAAUGACAGCAAGUUUUUCAAAAGCCUACUAGACGAAGAGGACCUUGAUGACCUGAUGGAUGCUGAGGAGUAUCUGGUUCCCAGAGGUUUCAACGCAGCUUCGACGUCUUCAACUAGGCCGCGAGUGGAUUCCAAUAAAAACCAGUUUGGCUAUCGUGAUGGUGUUCCCAACCUUGCAGAAGGAGCCCUGGCUGGUGCCCAAAGUAAUCUGAACCAGGAUGCCUCAGGUGGCUCUUGUUCGGGCUUAGAGGACCAGCGCUGUAAUGGAAGCCUGCAUAAAAAGAAAGGAGGACUAUCUGCAGGAGAGGACAGCGGGGCCCAAAGAUACAGUGCUGACCCUACCAUCUUCCUGGGGGAGAGAGCAACCAGAGGAGACACAGAUGAGGAUGGUUACAUGACCCCAAUGAAGGACAAGAGCUCCUCAGAGUAUCUGAAUCCAGUUGAGGAGAACCCAUUCGUCUCACGACGUAAAAACGGGGAGAUCCAUGCUUUGGACAACCCAGGCUACCACAGCACACCCAACAGCCAGCCAAAAGGAGAGGAUGAGUACAUCAACGAGCCCCUCUACCUCAACACCUUCCACAAUCCUUCUGACUUGGGCCUGGAGGCCCUCAGGAGAAAUGGAUUGCCCUUACCAACCCAGGCCCCCUCCUUAAUCACAGCCUCAGGCUCCCAUCUCCCACUCACAAUCCAGACCAGUCUGCCUCACUACGCCCUCUCCUCAACCCAACCGUCUCCAGCUGGGGUACCCUGCCUCCACGGCCCAGCAACUCACAUCCUCCACGCCCACCAUACCCUUAAACCAUUGGGACAACCGGGCAAUCUCGCCUCUGUGUCUCAGAGUCAAACAGGAACUACUGCUCAAGUGGGCCAACCAGGGCCCCUAUCCACAUCGGCCACCAUUGGUCACGGAGGCCUCCCGGCUUACCAGAGUCACACAGCUACACACCCUACGAGUCUGCUGAAGCAUGGAGGGCACACAUCAGGAAAGGCAAGUGGGAAGAAGCUUAAAGUAACCUUUGACAAUCCUGAAUACUGGCAACACAGCUUGCCUCCUAAAUCAUCUAUCCAGGUGGUCCCUGACGUUGCCCAAGGAGGAUCCACCAACACCAAGCUCUUCUAUAAGCAGAAUGGACACAUACGAUCAGGAGCAGCAGAGAACCCAGAUUACAUAUCUGAGUUUUCCCUCAAGUCUGGCGCCGUGUUGCCCCCUCCACCCUACAGGCAGCGAAACACUGUGGUCUAAAUCAUCCCACCCCAUGGUAUUCUACCCUCCAGUGACCUUGACUUCCUCUUCAUGACUUGGUUGGCACAAUAAAGCCAUCCUCCAAUUUCUUUUCAUUUUUUUUCAGAUAAUGUGCCGCCUGCUGUAGCAGCAUCCAAUGGAAUUGGACAGCCAACUAGGAAAACCUCACUUAAGCCAGUCCAGUUCAUUUUCCGAGCCUCCACUUCAGCCGGCGGGAAAAAACAAAAAAAACACACCGGUAGUACACAAGGAAACAAGCUCAAACAAAAGAUACGGCUGUGGACAUUGUGUCGCAAGGCAGACACACAACUUUCAAACAUAAUGUAUUCAACUUUGGGGACCUGAACUCACUGCCAGACACGUCGGUGUCAGAUUUGUGAGAGGAAAAUAGUUUUUUUUCUUUGUCUCUUCCUUUUUUUUCAUAAAAAUAGAAGUCUGAGUAUGAGCAAUACACUACCGUGGGUCUCUGGAAUAAGCAAAACAGACACAACCAAUGCAGUCUGUUCCAUUAGCUUUGUAAAUGAACCUACUAUAAAGCUAAAGAGUUUACAUUCUGCCAUUGGAGUAAAAAUAUUGUAGCCUGUAUGGUCAUAUUUGUGCUCUUGAAUUUCAGCAUAUAGGACAAAUGUGUCUCACACUGAGGUCCCGCAAUGAUUAAAACCACAGCAUCUUUUGUAUCUGCAGUUCAACCAUAGGCUUUACACAAAAGAUGUGGGGGAAACACCGUCUUGUUGUUUUUGCUUCAUUAAAGCUUACUUAGAGAAGCUGGUAAAGAGAAAGAAAAUUGAUUCCCAAGGAAAAGGGAAAGAAAAUACAGUGCUAAUAAUUUUAUAAGCAGUGGUUGGAGUGCUGAAACGCUCGACUUUUUUUUAUACACUGGUCCUCCUAUUCAGACCUUGUUGCUAAUUAUGGCAAGUCAAAGCAGUUAUGCAAAUUGCUGUAUACAGCUAAACUGCAUGUCAAGAUCAUCUAUAAAACAGCAGAAAUCAAGAUAGGGGAAACCUAUCCGCCGAGAGUUGAGGGAAGGUUCAUACGAGUCAGCUAAUGAAGACCUUAAGGAAUGAGGAAGACAACACCAGCAGCACACAGUAUUACACUUACCAAUUUCUAUCUAUAUUUUUUUGUUUUGUUUUAUUUUUCUUUAAUGGGAUUGAGAUGAGAUUUUGUGUUCAUGCUCUCUAUUUUGAAUCACCUGUUUUUUUUAGGGAGAAAAACAAAAUGUAAAUUUAAGUGACACUGGAACUGGCUGUUAAAGCUGGUUAAAAUCACUGGUUUCAAUUUGGGUUAGAGUUUAUGACUGUAGUUGGGUACAACACAAGACAAAGAAUUCACAUUAAACUAUACUUUUUGCACAUCCGUUCUAUUAAAAUACUCUGACCUAUUAAUUGCAACUUGCAAACAAACCACUUAGUUUUGCAAAUCCCACCAUUUUAUUCACUCCCCUAUGUAUACGAAAAAAUACUAAAGGGCACGCUCCAUUCUGUAAUAUUACCUCAACAACCGCCUACAUUUAGCCAUUUUCUUUAAAUUUUUAUAAUACUUAGCUGACCAGUAGAGUUGUGUUCUUUUUAUUUUGCCUUGUUUGCAUCAAAGUAUUUAUUCUUAAUAUAAUGUUUUACCUUGUAAUGUUUUAGUCGUCAGCUAUUAUUUACAAAGAUAUUAUUCAUUCAUGAAACUAAAUAUAGCACAGGUGGUACUAAAAUAUUAAGAGCUUUUUGGCCCUUAAUUGAAAUAAUUAGCUUAGCUAUAUCCAUCUAAAAAUUAAUGAUAAGGGUUGUCCACAAGAACUUAAGCUCCAAGACACGGUAAAUAAUGACAAGGCAAUUAAAACUACAUUUUAUUUCUUUUGAUUUUUUUUCACAUACAUAUUUAUUUUAAAUAUUACAUUUUUUGUCACCCCUUUUUUAUUUUGCUAAAUUUGAUUGGACCUACACUGGAUAGAGCCACCGAAAAUUUAAAAUAAUUCCUAGAUAUAGAUUAUCAAAGAAUAUUCAUUUUGAGCAAACCAUUACUUAGCAUGCAUGUUGGUUUAUAUGAAACACAUUUUAUAGAUACAAAUCAGUAUUCCUAGAAACGACAUUUCCUGCAGUAAUUCUCUAAUGUACUGCCACUGUUGCAAAACCAGGUAAUGGUCAGAAAAUAACAAAACCCAACAAAACAUUUCCUUAGUAUUUUGUCUUUUCAUCUAACUCCAACUCAUCAAUCUUUUGCUCGAUUUAUGGAUCAAGGUUUUUGUUUAAAAAGAUCAAAGAAUGAGACAUAACAUCUUAUUAUCUUUAUCGUGUCACUUAGCAUGAUUUAACUGUUUUCCUCCAGGGUUUACUUAAAUUUGAUUUUGGGAUGCUGGUCUGAAGAACAUUCCGGUUGCUAACAGGGGUCUACGUUCGCAAUGACGUCAUCCUACUGUCAUAAAAGAACCACUGGUCUUCAGUGACACUGUUUUUUUGGAAUAAGCUCAAGCCUUGAAAGUUAUAUCCUGUUAGGAUGACAAGAUUUACUUUGGGUACGCAUUACCACAAAGUUAAGUUGUACUUUUGUUGACUACUAAAUCGACUGACUAGAACUGAACAACUGCUUGAAUUCUUAGCCAAGAGUAGAAUUAUAAGAAACACUACUGAGAUCAAUUUUAGCUGCAACAUUUAGUGUCUGACCCAUUUACUACUGAUGCCUCCUAGGGCUAACUGCCAUUCAAUGCUGCUAAAAGUGCUGGUUUUACAGCCGUUCUUUACACCUCAAAAAGCCAUAAUAACAGCCCACAAAGUUUACUAGUCGUAGAGCACAAGAACUUCAAUUAAUCUUAAGCAUAGUGUGGCAAUUCUGUCACAGCAACCUGAGGGAACUCAACUCUGGUUUUUGCCAUCGAACAAGUUUAGGACAUGCAAUGGUGGGCAAGGGUCAAGGGGACAACUUGAUCAUGAACUGCGGUAGUCAAGACAACAUCUGGACAGAAAAAGAAAAAACCUGGAAUAACGAAUAAAACUGAAACACACAUUAAAGUUAUAGUCCUUGUAGGAGCUUCUCCUUUUCUCUUCUCUCUAGAUUACGAACGCUUAUCUGAUGUAAGUGUACUGGUUCUCUACAACAAUUUACUUUAAAGUAUUAGAUAAUAACUCAGUCAGCUGGGCUUCGUCUAUCUUUUAUUAUUGAAGAUAUUUCAGCUCUUCUUCAAAAGCAUUUAUCAAAUUUUGAUAUCCCUGCUCUACCUGCUGUUUAUUACCUGGAUAAGAUGUAUUUUACCAAGAGAAGUUGCAAUGGUAGGGUUAGUCUAAAAAACAAGUAGGACACCCAUCUUUGAGUGCUGUUUCACACCUGUGCCAUUUGGCGUACAAGAACAUGUUUCUUUUUACCACCAAACAUGACGUUUUCAUGUGGACUUGUUCAUGUAGGAGAAGAGGGAGAAGUAAAUUUUCUUGUUUGACCAAUGGGGUGGUUUGUUGUUGAUCUCAUUCAAGAAAAAUUGUCAGACUAAUUGGACAUUUUAGAUAGAUAUAUAAUAUAGAUAAUAUAAAGGCUACCACAGGCCAAAUGACUGUUUUGUGUUUUGUUUUUCUUCAAAUUUGGUGUGUGUUACAAUGAAAUGGACAGGCCAGGGUUGAAUGUCACCUCAUUCAAAGAUAGCAUCCAUUUUGCCUGUUGACCAUACCUUAAUUUUCACUUAUUAUAUAGUCAUGAAGUCUUUGAUGAUUUGUCUGAAGUGGUUAAACGUUUAUUGUUAUAGCUAACCCAUAGUUUCAUAUUUAACUAGAAUCAAACAUUUUUCCAUCAAACCUAAACAUAUUCUGUCUGAUAUGGUUAAAAGUUUGCCUUUUAUUUUCCAAUCAAGCUGCGUACAUACCGGGCAUGUGAUGCACAUUUAAGAACGUUCUUAACGGACAGUCUUGAACGCGCUUUCAUCAUACAGUGGUCACACUGGACUUUCGCCACCUGAUUCUAGAGCAUGAACUCAAGUCGAAGUGGUGCAAAUCUUGUGAAUCUUAAUCCAGGCUUUUUUUUCAUAGCUCUAUGAUGAUAUAUGAUAGACUUGGUGUCACAUAAUUUUGGCAGGGCAAAAACCGCAAUUAUCAAUACAGUUGGCACGUUCACGUUUUAAAAAAGAAGCUACCCAUACGUCACUACCAAAUCCGAGUCCCUAAUUGGUCAAAGUUAAAUUGGUAUAGCUUUGAAACAGGUGUUCAAUGGCCCGUUUUGUAUGUAUGUUGUUUGUAUACAAAUGGCCUUGAAAUUAGCGUAUUUCUACAUAGACCUUUCACUGGAAGUGUCCACUUGAACGCGCGUUUACAUCCCCGGUGUGAACGUAGCAUUGCGGAAAACCUUUUGGCCCAUGACCUAUACUUCCCAGCCUUUCAUCAACCUGUCUUUUUUUUCUUUUUAAAAACACAAUUGUACUAUUUGCUGUGUGCAAAUCAAUCUACUUUCACGUAGCAAAAAUGAUGUUUGUUUUUUCCAAUAUAUGCUCAACUUUUUUAAAGAAAAAAGCAGUCUAUGUUUUUGUGUCAGUUUGCAUUUAAAAAACAAAAACAAAUCCUUGUUGGGGACUGGCAUCACUUAAAUGACUUCAAAGAUGACUGUAUCUAGACCUAUCGAGUAGUUUUCUAGUAACGCUCACCCCAGAUGAUUAGUUCGGGGUAAGAUCUUACAUAAUACAUGAUUAGCACUUACAUGAUUUACUAUUUAUGGACUGUGAUGUACCGUGCAGCACAUUUAAUAUCUCACCAUCUUGUGAUUUCUACUCUGAGAUUAUCAGACUGGUAUACUUCAAAAUACCUAAUUAACUCUUUAUUUGCAAAGUGUAGGUCAUUGUUUGGUGGGCUUUUUUAUCAUUCUACACUAUUUAUUUUCUACUUUUACUAUGUGUCUAAGUAAGCGUGAAAGUGUUUAUGUACAUAAAAGGAUAUAUAUAUGUUUUUCCUCCCAAUGGAGCUCUUGAUCAAAGUCUUGGGUAGAAGGAGAGCUUUUCCGUUCUUCCUUACUGAAAUAUUCAGCGUGUUUAUCUGGUCAUUCACCAAUUAAUAAGGCAAAAUCUUCAAAGUAAGCAUGAGGAAGGUAGUGUGGUUGGGUUCAAGACAAGAACACUGUUUAGGUGGUGCUGAUCAGCUUCAAGAAUGUCCUCAUUUUGUGUGUUUUUUUUGUUUCCUUCUAGCAGUAUUUAUAAUGCAGCUUUGAUGAUAACAUGAUUAAUUGAUGAAGGAAUAUUUUGUAGUCCCUUUUAAAGCUCUAAUUCUAUGAAAUAGAGACAGCAUUUAAUAUCAGUGUGAAAUAUUUAUGGCACAUUUGAGCUGGUUCAUACUGAGCCAUGGAAGAGACUGCCAAAACUAGGUUUUAAGAAAACGGACAAGGAACAGAUAAGGGUGGUAAAAGGAGAGCAUGUGCAUUGGUCAUAUUCAUCCAAAACAUUGGCGAGCCAGAAAAACUGUAACAAUGAGACUCUUAUGCUACGUACACACCGCCUAUUUGACUCGUGCUCUUGAACGUGGGUUCUUGAAUGUGCUUUCAGCAUUUAGUGUUCACACUGGACUGUCACUAACAAAUACUAGCGCAAGUACCUACUUUUGGAAGAGGCUUGGUGUGAAAUGUUGAAGCGAUGCACAUGUUCUGAAUCUUACUCCAGGCUUUUUCUUUCACAACUUUAUUGCAAUAUAUGAAAGAGUUGGUGUCAUAAUUCCAGACCGCAGAAACAGCAAUUAUUGAUUCCUCCUUCAUUAAUGUUAAAACAGUUGGUACUUUCAUGUACAAGAUUACCAAAUCCAAGUCCCUGAUUGGUCAAAGUUGAACUAGUCUAACUUUCAAUGCACGGUCACUGACCAAACAUUUUGUACCUAAAGCCCGAAAAUGGACUUAAAAACUUGCGUAAACGUGAUAGUUUUGAACGCGGAAUACUGAUACCCGCAUUUAUUCAUUUCAGGCUUUUCAUUUAAACUAGUUGCUUGAAGGUACCUUGUUGAGCCUGGUGUGAAUGUAGUAUUAGACAUCUUAACAGUUUUUUUUUUUUUUUGAUUGAAUCAUGUCAAAUGUACACGUUCCAGCGUGUUUGUACACCAAAAGCCUUGCUCAAGUAUCAUUUUUCAAACCAUUGACUCUUGUUUUGACAAACCCUUUACCAAUAAAAGAGGAGGGGUGGAUGUUGCAGCUGCAGGUGCAGGUGGCACAGUUGCCAGUUGCAGGUGUCAGCUGCCACUGCAAUAAAAAAGAAACAUGUUUGAACUAUUGAAACGUUUUGCCCUAGGAUGUGUCUAGAAUUUCAGAAUACUUCCUUUUUGUUUUUAAUGUUGGCACAAAAGCGUAGACGUUUGUCACACUGAUAGAGUUUGGUUAAGAUGCGAUCUCAUAGGGAUGACAGUUAAGGUUUGGUGUUCUCCUAACAGGAUGUUAUAGAAUUUUAUUUAUUUGACAUUUUGCCUUUAUUUAUGUUUUCUUGGACUCAGUUUAACACUGUAUUUCUAUUUUUAAUUUCUUUUUGGCAAAUAUCUGUUAAGCCAAGGUGCAAAGGCAUGUGCCGAAGUGAAUCCUUUCAUAUGAUACUCAGCAUUUAUCUAUCUUGCAGAGCUUCAGUAGUCUAUUAUAUAGUAAAAAAAAAAAAAAAAUGACAUUGCAUGGUAUCCCAAAAGAGUGUUCUAUCACCCUACACAUUCAUUGAUUAUAAUGUAUUAAAUGUUUUUGUUCAUCUACAUAUGAACAAAGCCUAGCAGCACAAAAUGGCAAAAACAUUUGAUUAGGGUUUCCCAUCAUUUUUGUGUUUGUGUGUGUAAUACUCUUGCAAGUUAUUUUUGUUCAAUUGUCUUAGGUACAUACUGUCAAAAAUGUAAUUUUUCCUUAAGUGUAACUGCUUCUCAUAAAACAUGUAUAAGUCCUGAUAUCAGUUUUAGUUGAAUUGCACAACAUAUGAAAGGCAUUUUUUCCUCAUCAUUAAGUUGGUCAAUCAGUAAAAUUGUACAGAACCUUUGGGGUGUUCUCCCAAAUUUAUCUCAGACUUCAACAACAAAUGUGAAUAGUAUUUUUAUAAAGCACCGAAACGGGCCGACAGUGAAAUUGUAAAUACGGAGGCAUUGCUUUGAAUUUAUAUUGGUCUUCUCUCCUACUGCUGUUUUCUCCUGCUUAACUUGUAUAAAUGAAAGAGCCGUACAUAUUUGCUUUAUGUGAGUGUACUUUUGGACUAAUAGGGAUUUGUUUUUAAAAGUGCUUGUUGAUCCUUUCUCAUGUGAAAACUCUGUUUCGUGGUCCCGCUCGGACCUUUGUGGCUGUCCAUAUGUAAUUCAUUUUAGAUGAACAUUGUAAAACUAUGAAAUAAUGGUGGAAGACCAUCUGCAUCUGGGACUCCUCUGUGUCUACCACAGUAACCAGUUGGCUUCAUUUCCAGUCCCUCCUUCAUUACUAUGGAACCAUUGCCGCCAACAAACCAAGGAACUUCAUGUUACCUUCUCUGCUUAGUUUUUACCAAAAACCACUACUGAGCCAAGUCGAAACUUCACCUCUUUUGUGACAGGCAGAAUACAGCUGCCAUACAUUAACCUGUUUUCUUUUAAGUUCCAGUUGGUUCUGCAUGCUUUUAGAGGACACAAAUGAGAGAAGGUAUUAUCGGCCGUCCCCAUCUUGUUUAUCCAAUGCCGUCAUUGCUGGUAAUCUCUAAAAAAUAUUGUAAAGAAUAAAAAACAACAACAAAAAAACAUACCCAAAGCUUUAUAUCAUAGAAAAAUACCGUUCCUCAUGUUUGUUACAUGAAUCUGUCAAAAGUAUAUUUUUAAUUUAAUAUAAAUAAAUAUCAAUUCUGUA